AUGUCAACGACAACGCCACCUUCCACGACCAUCGACGAUGAGCACUUCGCAAAACGCAGACGACUAAGUCCAGGCCAAGACGCGUGGCAAUACGAGGGGCAAGAGGAGCAAGAGGAGACAUCACCCGAACAAACGACGCCGCGGCAACACCGACACCAACAGCCUGACACAGAGAGCCAAAUCCUCGCUCUCCAUCAACGUCCACCCGCGGCCGACCCUCUCCAACACGGCAUUCAGGUCUCGAGACCCAUUGCCAUUCAAAGAUUGGUCGACCUUCAGUUCCUCGAGGUCCCAAUCUUUGUGAAAGCCACCCCCAACAGUCGAGAUGUGAAAGAACAGCUACCAGCCGACAUCCUCUCCCUCUAUACCUCGAUCCGCUCCGCCGCGUUCCAUCACAAAGCAUUCAUUCCCGCUGAGGUACGGCACAAGGUUGAGGAGUAUUAUGGUGACGACAUGCAGGCACAUUGGUUUCGGACAAGUCGCGACGAUACUGGUGCCCAACAAAAAGCCGAAGUCGAGUUCGAGAAGCUGCGGUCCCUGCAAUCCGACGCUCUUAAAUCCAAGAGUCUUUCUAGAUACGAAGAUGCGUGGAACGCCAAGGUGCAUCUGCCCUUGUUAGAGCUUGCACUCACUCCAGAUGAACCCAGCAGAGAUCACACAGAUAUCACACAGGCGCCUAAGGUUGAAGCAGAGCUGGUCUCUUCCGCUAUGAUUACGGCUGACUCUGUCCCUCGUAUCAGCGUGCUAGGGGAACGUGGUUCCGGGUCACAGAAUGAUGGGAACUCUAUAUUGGCCUGCUCUGCCAGCCAGUCUGGGACCUCAAGCAGCAAUAGUGGGAUGGCCGAGACACGAGGAGGAUUGCGCAACAAGGGCUCUAAGAAGGUCGAUCUCGUGCUUGUCCUCGUCCCCACGCCUUCGUCUCGCCUCCAACAUGCUAUCACCUAUGCGCGGCAGUUCGGCAGCGUAAACCAGAGCACCUACGGCCCGCUGCGUGAGAACCCGAUCGCAUGUGCUAUCGAGACAAAGAUCACCCCCAGCAACACAGAUCCUAUCGUCCAGCUGGGCGUCUGGACCGCAGCGUGGUACCGUAGGAUGGAUGCACUCUGGCGCACCACCCUCGGGCAGGACACAAGAGACCGCGGCCGAAUGGUCUCAUUGCCACUCAUUACCAUUGUUGACCAUGCAUGGAGCUUGUACUUUGCAGUCGACAGAGGAGAUCAUAUCGUCUUCUUUGGUCCAGAAUUCAUAGGCUCGACGGAUAAGCUGGAUGCUAUUUACAGUAUUCAUGCCUGUCUGAAACUGAUCCAAGGCUGGAUCCAGUCAGAAUUCCACGCAUUUUUGGAACAGUGGUUUGGAUGUGAUCAGAGCGGAGGGUGUGCUCAGGCCGAAGGCUAG